GAGGCGGGCUAGCGGCCGCAGCGGUGACGACUGUGGCGGAGAAGGCCCGAGGGGCUCUGCGUUCUGGAGCAACGUUGCUGGGGCUGGUGGCUGCUGGUGUCUAGCCUGAGGAGAACAGCGAGCGUGUUCGGCAUUUCCUGCCGGGAUCUCAGCAACGAUGAGUGCUGCCAGGGAGUCUCACCCGCACGGGGUGAAGCGUUCAGCUUCCCCAGACGACGAUCUUGGAUCUAGCAAUUGGGAGGCAGCAGACUUGGGCAGUGAAGAGAGAAAACAAAAGUUCCUCAGACUUAUGGGUGCAGGAAAGAAGGAACACACUGGUCGUCUUGUUAUAGGAGAUCACAAAUCAACAUCACAUUUCCGAACAGGUGACUCACACUCUCCAAGCCCACUUUGUAUAGUAUGUGACCAGCUCCAACACCUGAGUCCUUCGUCACGUGGAGAACAAGCAGCCCCACCACAGAAGACAAGCCUCUGGAGUUUUUCAAAACAAAGCGGUGUGAACAGCGAACAGAAGCAAGUGUCAGAGGCCACCACUCCAUCAAAUGUGUCUGCACCAAGAGCAUCACUCUCAGUGGCUAACUGCACUGCUAAAGCUAAGCAGCUGUUUGCUGUUCGAAGAGUUGAUCCUGCCUGCUGCUGAGGACAUCUGUUGUGAGCUGUCAGCAGAAACCGCAGCUCAAUUUUAGUAGAUGUGCUGCCCAAGCGACCACAGAAGCUGUAGUUUGAAAGGUGACAUGUGUUCCUCUUUCAACUAGCACCACAGUGAGAUGAACUGAGGAAUCAGUGGAGGAUGUUGAGGCACAGUUAGGAUUCAUGAGUCACUGUGGUAGGCAGACCAGGUUGAUGAGUUUACUGAUGCUGACGACAAGGUGACAAUGCUCACUUCCGUGCAGCAGAACUUCCAGGAGAAUGUGCACAAGGACGUGUUAUGUGGGCUUUGGUGGCCAACCAAUACCACAGCUGCAUGGUAUUCACAUCUCCUGAUUACACAUCGGGGAAACUUAACUGGUUGUUUUGUGUCAGUUUAUGUAGAGAUGGAGUGGCGGUCAGAGUGGGAUGGCUUUCUGGUUUCACUACUUAGGUCAAAGAGGUCACUUCUGAAAUUGAGGCUAUACACUGUUAAUCCAAGAGGAAUGGAGCCUCGCUGAAAAAUGGCACCUGAACUUGAUAUCUGCAGCAUGUGAUUAGAAUUAUCAACCACGUUAAAGUACAUGUUCUUAAGUCCUGUCUGUUUCCACGGCGUACACACGUCUGUCUUCUCUUACACACAGAAGCAGGGUAGCCAGAUUUGGGGAGUUAUGAGAGCCACCCCAGAGAUGUCUUCUAGAAGAACAACACCACUGGCAGUACAUUUCAAAGACACAAAAGGAUUCCAAAACUUGCUUACUCACGUGACAUGUCCACCCUGCACAACAAACUCAGUCUGUCAUGUCAGGAGACAAGUGUGUUCAAGUUGGCAGAUAAAGAGGCUGCAUUCAAAGCCUAACUGCUAUUGUGGAGUGUUUCAGACAUUAGCAGAGAGUUUCAAAAGAGACAGAGCCAGAGCCAUCUCUUUCCCUCAGCAGGAGCAUGAUCACCCAGCCCAGCUUUCAAGAGUUUGGGCGUUACUCCUCAACCACAGAAGAACCCCCCUGCCCAACCGGAAUGCAUGGAUCCUAAGGCGUUCGUCAAGAAGCCAGGAGGAUGGAUAUUGUCUGUGUCAGAAGAAGAUUACAGUUCCUUAGACCUCAAAUGACAGCUGCCUUAAACAGUACAUUUGAGACCACUUCAGAUCUUCACACAUUCUGAAUUAAAGUCAAGGUGAAGCGUCCUGAGUUUGCUGCAGAAGUACUGCAGCUUCCACUUGCAGUGACAGUGACCAAAACCAGGUACUGGGGUAGACUGGAUAUUAUAACAGACUUUGGGUGUCCCUUUCUCACAUCACCCUUUAAUGGUAAUGUCUAGUUAAAACUUGGGGUACCCACCGACUAUUGCACUGCGGUGAGCUGUCUAAUUAUUGCAUUGGAGUAUAUAGUUAUAUAAGGAAAGAAACCCCACAGAAAGUAAAUGUAAUGUUUUUGAAGCUCUUGCAACCACCUCCUGAACCCCUGGGUCAGUGGAAAAAUUAUCUUCUGUGAAACCUAUCCCAGGUACCAACAAGACUAGAGAUGCUGAGAUAUAUAAAUACGAUAUUCUAACCAAAACCAAAAUCCUUUUCUAUCUUCAUGCUUACUGAUUCAGAAUGUAUAUUUUAAUUAUAGUUAAGUUUUGUCACUCAUUGCCAAAUGAGAUUCAUAUACUUUGUCUUCCUUUUUAGAUUAUUUUUAUUUUAGAUAUUUUUCUUUGUAUAAAUGAUUUAGUGUAUUUGAUAUAUAACACCAUUUUUUAAAGUUUAUUCACUCAUUCUGAAAGCUUUGAAGAACAUAAGUAGGCUUCAGAGUCUGAAGUAUUUCCUUCUUUUAAUAAAACUUGAAUUUUAAUUUUAACUAGGGUCUGUUGAAAAGUAAAACUUUAAUCUGCUUAAAAUUGGCACCUUGGGCUGGGCUGUAGCUCUGGUAGAGAGCCUGCCUAGCAUGCACACAGCCCUGAGUUCAGGCCCCAGGACCACAAAAAAAAAGUACGAAUCUUGGACAUCAGUAAUGUCAUAAUCUCCUAGUCUAAGUUAAACGCAAGCAAUUUAACUUCAUGUUUAUCUAGUAUGUAUAGCAAAUUUCAUACAUUAAUAGGUCUUUUGCUUAUCUAAUGUUAAAAAUUUGUUUCCAGUUGUUUCACAUUGCAUCAUAAGGCAAAAAAUGAGUCUUGGUAAUGGAAAAAUACUUUAACUGCAUCAUUUACCCUUAAAACUAGGCACUUUAUGAGUAAAAAGAUUGGCAUACUUUACCAUUUGUGACUAAUACUUGAGAUUUCUCCUAUAUAAGUUUAUGUUAGUACACAGGAAACUCCAGCAAUAUUGGUAAAAUUCUAAUUCUGGAGUAGUAGGUCUGUGGGUGGUGGCUUAGUGUCUGCUUCAUAACUUACAAACAGCAGAAAGUAUAUUAAGUAUAUGUACAUGUAGCAUGACAAAAUAAAAUCUUUUUAUGUUGCUUCAGUUAGCACAUACCAAGCCAAGGAGGCAUAAAGGAGAGCCAUUUCAAGGUCACUUUCAUGUAGUCACUAAACAGAACUGCCUAGCUUUUCAGUUUUUGUUUGAGACAGGGCCUUGCUGUGGUUCAGGCAGGCCUUGAACUUAGUGUGUAGUCUAAGACAGCCUAAAACUUGGCCUCCUGUGGGUACAGUUGUGCGCCAUGUCCAGCCUUUUUCACUAUUUCAAAAGCAAAUGAUUUUUUUCAUCACAGUUUUUGUUUUGUUUUUUAUAGGUAGUUUGGAAAGUUUUUACAAGAGUCAUAGCUGGGCAUGUUGAUGCACACCUGUAAUCCCAGCACCAGGGAGGCUGAGGCAGGAAGAUUGGCAUAUGUUCAAGGCUGGCCUGCGCUAUCUAGUUUAAAGCCAACCUGAACUAUGUAACAAGACUUUGUUUCAAAAACCAAACACUAGCAACAAAAACAGACCAGUCAUUAAACAGGUGUAGUAAAAGGCUCAUUUUUGAAAGACUAAUCAUAAAUGCAUCUUUUAAUUGUUAUGAGGUAACUACUGUGCUAUAGAGAUCUAUACACAAACUUCAUUGUAAAAUUAGUUGCAUUUAGAGAAUUCAGCUCUGAAUAGUAUAGCAUCUGUAUAAUAGGUUUUUUUGUGUAAUCAAAUGUUUUUAUUAAUUUGACUGAAACAUAACCAAAGUAAAAUGGACAUGCAGGGGAAGAAGACAAGAAAAUUAAUGAAGAACUGGAGUCUCAAUAUCAGCAAAGUAUGGACAGUAAAUUAUCAGGAA